CCAACCCGGGCGAAAUAGCUCGAUGUUGUGCUCCUCUGGGUGUUCCCGAGUGUGAUGCAAUAACAACAAACAACGGCGUCAUCAUGAGAUCACUGCGGGACAAGGGGAAAGGGGCGGGGAAGAGCGCUCCCUCGAGGGGAGGAGCCCUUUCACCCUGCCCUCGAAGCCGCACCUCUCCCUCUUCCCCUGGGUUUCUCCUGAGCCUCCUCCCUCGGAUUAGCUCUCUUCCAGCGGCGGCCACAGAAAGCUCCGCUUUCAAUCCGGGGAAGUUUAGGCUUUGCUCCUUAUGAGAAUCUAUGGAAGCCCUACCCCCAGUUUAAGUUUCAGCCAAUAAAGAACCUAAAGGAGGGGCCGGCAGGCGGGUCAGUGACGCAAUGCAGACUGAUUGGCAUUCAGGCCACCGACGUCCUGGAUUAGCCCCGAGUUUCGCCAAUCCAGAGGCAGGGGUGGGACGGUGCAGGCGCAGAGGACUGGGUUUGGCUGGACUCGAUUUAAAGAGACAGAAGCUGUCGGGGUCCAAGAAGACGGUCCCCAAGAACCUCCCCCCAAGUCCUUGGGACCACUUGGGUCCCCAAAGCUGGGGAGAUGGUUUGCGGUGGCUUUGCCUGCUCCAAGAAUGCGCUGUGCGCUCUCAACGUGGUCUACAUGCUGGUAGGCUUGUUGCUCAUUGGAGUGGCUGCUUGGGGUAAGGGUCUGGGUCUGGUGUCCAGCAUCCACAUCAUCGGAGGAGUCAUUGCUGUGGGAGUCUUCCUUCUUCUCAUCGCGGUGGCUGGACUGGUGGGUGCUGUCAACCACCACCAAGUACUGCUAUUCUUCUACAUGAUCAUCCUUGGGUUGGUCUUCAUCUUCCAGUUUGGAAUCUCUUGCUCAUGUCUGGCUAUUAACCGGAGCAAACAGACAGAUGUCAUUAAUGCUUCUUGGUGGGUCAUGAGCAACAAGACCCGGGAUGAACUGGAAAGAAGUUUUGAUUGUUGUGGCUUGUUCAACCUCACAACCCUGUAUCAACAGGAUUACGCUUUCUGCACUGCAAUCUGUAAGAGCCGGAGCUCCACGUGCCAGAUGUGUGGAGAAAAGUUUCUUAAGCAUUCAGACAAAGCCCUGAAAAUCCUGGGGGGUGUUGGACUCUUCUUUAGCUUUACAGAGAUUCUUGGUGUUUGGCUAGCAAUGAGAUUUCGGAAUCAGAAGGAUCCUCGAGCUAACCCCAGUGCCUUUCUAUAAGACUCUAGAUCCUUCUGACUUCUCUCCUGCUCUCUAUCCUCCCUAAGCUUUUUUUCCUCCCUUAGGGAAAACCUAGGGUCUGUAGCCCUUUUUGUUUGAGAAAAAGGAAAGGCCCUUUGCCACAUCCCCCAAAGAUGACUGAACAGCCAGGCUGUAUGCCUUGACAUGUUUAGUGGGAGCAAGAUCAUAAGGAAUAAAGAACAACUUCCUCCCUCUCUCCCUAAGUGGAUAUGGGAAGCUCCUGGGAGUGCACGAGAUGGGAUGGGGGUUGGAGUCAUUCCUGGCUCUGUUUCCCCGCUUUUCCCUUCCACAUGCCAGACCACCUCAACACAUCCUGGCCUGGCUCCAAGGGUGAAUCAGGGAUGGAACCAGGGAAAAAACCACCAAGAACUCUUUCUUACACUAAGCAGGACCCGGUGUGGGGAAGUUCAGUGAAUAUAAAAAUAAAAGCCACUUAAACUCCA